CAAGAAAUAAACACAUAUCGCUCAAUUUCUUGGGGCCGACAUGCGUUCCGCUUUUCAUAUCCCAGGGUUGGUGACUCGCGAAUGUACUCUGUAAUGUACAACUGGACUUACAUUACAAGAAAUGGAUCAAAGUUAUGGAUUUCGACAUGACACAAGCUAUUGCAGAGAACUCGGAAGAAGAAGGUUCCGAUAAGUUCCAGCCCAGCUGUGUGCUGAAAGUGGACGCAGCUAAAGACAGCACAGAAACCUUCCAGCUUAAACAAGGUGCCAACGUGAUCGGUCGUCUAGCAUCGUCGGACAUUUGCCUUGACAGCAAGGCAGUAUCGCAGAGGCACCUUUGCAUUCAUGUCCACAGAUGCUAUGUUCUCAUUGAGGAUCUUGGCAGCAGGAACAAGACCAAAAAAGGGAAGGUAACAUUAGUUCCACACGUACGGUACAACUUAGAACGUGGAGAAGAAAUCUGUAUUGGAGGCGCACUGAGAGCUCGAGUCGAUUUAGGAAAUGAAGACAGCGACUCUGACACAUGUUCUGAAUCUCUUCUACCUCAACUGGAAGAUGACAAUUUGGAAGCAUCACUUCUCAAGGAUUCUGUCAAAGAUGGCAGUCCUGCCUCGCAAGCUUCUACGGUGGCUUGCAGUUCGCCAAGUGCACGCAAGCCGGUCACCAAAGCUGAGCCUUCUACAUCGGCCUCCCUGGGAUUGGCAAAUAAUGAUGAUGAUACUGAUGUGGAAGAUGCACCAGAUGUCAAAACCAAAAUGAACGUUAAGUCUGGCUCUCAGAACGAAUUUUUGCCACCGUCCAACUUGGACUCCACCGAGCAGGAGGAAGUGAAAGAUAUGAAUCAAACACAAGAUGAAGGGUUUAGAAACAUGCCAACGCAAGCCUUGCCUUCUCUUGAUGUUCCAAAUGAAUUUGAAACGCAAUUUCUUAAUGCUGAUACGCAGGUGUUAAGCACUUGCGAUGAUGAAAGAGAUGGUGAGAACAUGGAAUUUCGUUGUGCGCCGACACAAGCAUUAAGUGAAAGGGUCCCUGAUGAGGAGGACUAUCAUUUAGUUACUAAUGCUCAACACCUAGGUGUCCCUCAUGGAAGUGUUGAAAGAAAUUUGGAGACACGUAAAAUCCCAAACAUGAGCAGUCACUUUCUCAUGUCUGACACACGAGAACAAAGCCUACUUUGUGAAGGAACACAACUGGAUCAUCGUUAUGAUGAUGAUGUUUACUGUGCUGCCACUCAGGAAUUUUCUGCCGAGCUUCGACCAGAAAGCGGGGUGCCGGAAACUUCAGUACAGGAAUCUCCUCCGAGGUCACCCACCCCAGAUGUGGUCCCAGAAAGUGAUGAAGAAGGAGUAGAAAUUGCGGCAACUACUAGACCUAAUUGUCAAAACACAGAUAAAAGUAAUUGGAGUCACAUUAAAGGUGAUGUGGAUACCCAGCUUGAAACGCAAGCUUUGGAUGAGGUCGUUCAUAUGGAAAAGGAUAUGAAAAAAAUGGGAAGACCUCUCCAGGAGGAUGAAAGGACAAAAAAAUUGGAACAUGCAAAAUUCCUCGAAGGGCUCGAUACCAAUGAGACACCACAGAAAGUGGGUGCCAGUGCGGAACCAAAUAAUACUGACGGAGGAACUGUGGCAUCUGAAAGGAAGAAAGCAGGCUUCCAACUAGAGAUGGAGGAGCAGAGUAAAAACACUGGUAAGAAAAUGGAAGGGCAACCCAAGUCAUCAGGUGAAGCCCCUAUGGACACAAUACAUGCAGAUGUUGAUGGAUAUACCAGGGUGGAAGACUCAUGCGGUGACUACCCACGGGGUCCACGUUACAUAAAAUACCCGCCAGAUACACAAGACUUUCCAAGCUUCUCUGAACUGAUGAAUCACAGUGACAAUGAGUCUGGCCUGGUGAAGUUACACGAAAAGAAGGAUAACGAAUCUGUGGACGACAACACGCUUGAGCCAAACGAUGGGAAAUGUAAGGCCACUGGGAGUGGAAAGAAUAUUCCUGUUCGGCCAACAGCGGAUUAUAAGCCACGAGAAAGAAAGAGAAGAGGCAGAUCAUCAAGAGGGCAAGUACAGAUGAUGUCACCAGAUAUGUCGUCUGCUGGCAGUGUAGAAUGUGUUGAAGAAGGCUCACCGAGAAGUUUAAAGCCCUCCACGAAGGAAGUUGUAGAAAAUAAUGACGAGGAGACAAUGGAGGGUUCAACAAAUAUGCGAGAGUCUGGACUGGAAAAGUUGCACGAAAAGAAAGAUGAUGAAUGUGUAGUACACCUGACAGAUGACAACGUGCAUGAGACAAACAGUAGGAAAUGUAGGGCCACUGGGAGUGUAGUGGGAAAGAACAUUCCUGUCCAGCCAACAGCGGAUGAUAGGCCACGAGAAAAAAGGAUGCGACGGAGAAGAAGCAGAUCAUCAGGAGGGACAAUACGAGGGAUGUCACCAGAUAUCUCCUCUGCUGCCAGUGCAGAAGGUGUUGAAGAAGGCCGCGCAAGAAAUUUAAGGUCCUCCAGUAAGGAAGUCGCGGAAAAUAAUGACAAGGAGACGACGGAGGGUUCUACAAAUAUGCGAGACACUUCUCUAAAAGUGGGUGAAAACAGCGAAUCAGAGAGUGUCAUUCAAGAUAAUGAUGUAUCAAAGAAGAUGAAAGGCACAAGAAGAAAAAGAAGUGCACCACGAUCUGAGAGCUCGGCUGUCAAAGUAUGUAAACCCAAUCCAUCCUUGACAGAAGAAACGGGACACCAACCGAUAGACAGUAUUUCUCCAUCGACGAAGGCGCCAAGCGUGAGACACCAGUCGGCUGUCGAUAGUCAAAGGGGAGAUAAAAAUGUUGGUGAAAAGGUUGCGAGGAAAUUAAGAGACAGGAAAAGCGCAGCCGUUGUGGAUUUAAUGCCGCCAAAUACGAGGAAGAGAAAUGCUCCAUCAAAGGAUGUUGCUCGGACAACUAACAAACUUGAAUCACCUAGCCAGUAUAAAGGAAGAAGAAAAAAUGUAAUUGAGGAAAGUGUGGAUGCUACAGCAGAAAGUGACUGUCACAACACUGCUACUAAGUUGGGGAAAACUAAGGAGAAUAUUGAAACUCUCGACGAAAAUGAAGGGCUCUCACCGAUUAGAAGGGCAACGCGAACAAAGAAAAUACAAGACGAGGGGUCAAAGAGAACACGGUCUAGAGAGAACUUGGCUGAGAGUAGUGCAAAGAUAGUUACUGGAUCACAAGUGGCCACCAAGAAGAACAAAGGGACUGCAUCGAGACAGAGUGGCAAAGAUAUUAUUCUCGGGAAAGAAGAAACGCCCAAAACAGAGCGGAGGAGGGCAUCCAAACCGAAGGUAUUGUUUACGGGUCUGGAAGACACUGAGGGACAAGAGAUAGUUGAGAGCCUUGGAGGCUUUGUGGCCCAAAGUGUAACAGAAUGUACACACCUGGUCACAGAUAAGUUUCGACGAACAGUGAAGGCACUGUGCUGCAUUGCAAUGGGAGUUCCAAUAAUCACCAUCCAGUGGCUGCAAAAAUGCCAGGCAUCUGGGAGCUUCAUUGAUCAUGCGCCUUAUCUGUUACGAGACAAAAUGGCGGAGAAAAAUUUUGAGUUCAGUCUGGGGACUGCCUUGGAGCUUGCUGCCCAACGAAGACUCCUGGUAGAGUGGAGCGUUCACGUCACCGCCAGUGUGAAGCCUGCACCUGAGGAUAUGAGGGAAAUAAUUACAUGUGCUGGAGGAAAGUAUCUCUCAAAGAUUCCACAACGUUUUGUGGAGAAGACUGUCAUCAUUUCUUGUGCACUGGACAAAAAGGCCUACAGUGCAGCAGCAAAGAAAUCUAUUCCAGUUGUGUCGUCAGAAUUUUUGUUGACUGGGCUUUUGCAGUACAAAAUUGACAUAGAAAAAUAUGCACUGUAGAAUGAACUCUUUAUGCAUGUUAUUUGGAGGUUCACUGGUAUAGAUGUUGCAGAAAUACGUACAUAUUUUAUAUAAAGCUUUCCUAUUUUUAUCGAAGCUUAGCCAACCGUGCAACGAAAUUGUGUUGCGAGUAUGGUUUCAAAUAAAGGCAGUCUCAUGGGUCA